UUCUCAGUUUCUAAGUUCUAACCAAAACCUUUCUACUCAGUCAAAUGCACAACAAGACAAAAGUUUCAAGUUUCAUCUCAUUCACGUUAAGCUGUCAAAAUUAUAUUAAAAAAAAAAAAGGGAAUUUGCAGAAACCCAUGGAAGCACAUGGCAAGAUCUGAGAAGGGUUGCUGAAGUUUUCAAAAGUAAAUGGAGACAGGAGAAAAUUCCCGUGGUCUAGUUGGAAAUACGGUGUAAACGCUUUUAAUUUUUUUCUUUUUUCUUAUUCUAAAAUUUCUGCUUAUUAAGGAAAAAUAAAAAAGGGUCACAAUCAAAACGGAAACAAAGAAACUUCAAUGCAAUAAAGGGGAAAGAAAAGCACAACUCAAUCGACAAAGAAAAACACCUAAAUAAACCCAAAAAGCCAAAGCCAAAAAACCCAACCAAUUUCUCCUCCUUUUACACUGCCUUCUCUUUUGGGUUUUACUUAAAUUUUUUAUUUCUUUUUAUAAACAUAUAUUUAUUUCUUCUGCUAUCUCUCUGCCAAUAAUUUGGUGGUGAUGAAAAGGAUUGGUAGCAUGGGUUGGUGAGAGAGAAUAAAUGCUUGUAGUUCACAGACAAAGCCAAGGCUCUAUCUUACACGGUGGUGAGUGUAUCAAGACCACUGUGGAGUUUCAACUUUCAAGUUUUCUUCUUUUUCUUUAUAUAUCAGAGUUUAAACUUAAAAAAAAGAAAAAUUGGAGGAUAGGGGAGGGAGAGAGGGUCGUAAUGUAAUGAGAAGAGCUGAGCUUUGAAAUAGAAAGAAACGCACAUGGUUGAGCUUCUGUUGGUGCAACCGUAUAGAUAUAAAUAUUUAUAUAUAGAUAGUUAUUAAAUUGGCUCACCUGUUUUCGUUCCAGCCAAGACACCUUCAUAUUUGUUCUCACUUGUCAGUUGUCACCAUUUUCAUUGCAUUUUUUUCUCCCUUCCUUUGUUGCUUUGCCCCUUUUAAACUCUCUUUCUUUUGUCUAGACCUGCAAGAGCUAAAAAAAUUUGAGAUUUUUAGCUUAAACCCAGAAAGAAAAAGGUGAGAUCUUUGGUUCUGACUAGAGAGUCUUUGAUUCAUUGAAGAAAGUGUGGGUUGAAAGGGGUAAUUGUAUUGUUUUUGUUGAGCAAAUGCAUUUAAAUUUAGCAGCUUAUUGAGUUUUUGUGAGAGGAAGGAAGAAAGUGAAAAAUGUUGGUUUUUGGCCAUGAUCGUGAUGUUUUGUCUUUGGUAGUCCAGAUUUUAACAAGUGCAAACAACAAGUUUUGCAAUUGGAAAAGCAGGAUAGGCAGAUCUUCCUUGAAUCUGAUUCAAUAAUGCCAAACGGCUAGACCCAAUUUUCUGUGUUCCUGCUGUGUUCCGAGCAUGAGAAGGAUCCAUCAAUUUAUUUUUUCCCGUGCUUUGCUUUUCCUGAUUCUUGCUUCUUUUGGAAUCGGAAUCCUCACCAUUUCUUUAGCAGCAACUGAGAAGGAAAUCUUGCUCCAAUUUAAAGGAAACAUCAGUGAUGAUCCUUACAACAGCUUGACUUCCUGGGUCCCAAGCGGUAACCCUUGUUUAAAUUUCAGUGGUGUGUUCUGUAAUCCAGAGGGAUUUGUGGACAAGAUUGUUUUGUGGAACACUGGCCUCAGUGGACAACUGCCAGCCGCCUUGUCCGGUUUAAGCUCUCUCAGAGUCUUGACAUUGUUUGGCAACAGAUUUUCAGGAAAUAUCCCGCAAGAAUAUUCACUGUUACAAACAUUAUGGAAGAUCAAUGUGAGUUCAAAUGCAUUAUCUGGUUCCAUACCAGAUUUCAUUGGUGAUUUACCUAACAUUAGAUUUCUUGAUUUUUCAAAGAAUGGUUAUACUGGACAGAUUCCAUUUGCUUUGUUUAAGAAUUGCUACAAAACAAAGUAUGUUUCUUUUUCCCAUAACAGUCUUUCGGGUUCCAUUCCGGAGUCCAUUUUGAAUUGUAGUAAGCUUGAAGGGUUUAAUUUCUCGUUCAAUAAUCUUACUGGUCAAUUACCUUCUGGAGUUUGCGGUAUCUCAGUAUUGAAAUAUGUGUCUGUUGGUAGCAAUGCAUUAAGUGGCACUGUGCUUGAAGAGAUGUUAAAAUGCCAAAGCUUGCUGUAUUUGGAUCUUAGCAGAAAUUCUUUCACAGGGUUGGCUCCACUAGGUGUUCUUGAAUUUAAGAAUAUUACUUAUGUCAACAUUUCACAUAAUGGGUUCUUUGGUGAUAUUCCUGUGGUUGGAACUUGUAGUGAGACAAUGGAAUUUAUUGAUGCUUCAUGGAGUAGUUUGGAAGGGGAGAUCCCAACAAGCAUUUCAAACUGUAAAAGCCUCAAAGUUCUGGACUUGGGGUUCAACAGGCUUAAUGGGACCAUACCAGUUAAUAUUGGGGAUUUGGGAAGGCUUUUGGCAAUUAGCUUGGCUAAUAAUUCACUAAGCGGGACAAUCCCUGCUGGAUUUUCUAGCAUUGAGUUGCUACAGGUCUUAGAUUUGCACAAUCUCAACCUUGCUGGUGAAAUUCCUGAGGCUAUAAGCAAUUGCAGGUUUCUUCGUGAACUGGAUGUUUCUGGAAAUAGUCUAGAGGGACAUAUUCCCGAUACCCUUUAUAACAUGUCAAAUCUGGAAAUCCUUGACUUGCAUGGCAACCAGCUGAAUGGAAGUAUCCCGUCUAGUCUAGGGAACUUGUCAAAAAUCCAAUUUCUUGAUCUCUCACAGAAUUCACUUUCUGGAUCAAUCCCCCCUACGCUUGGGAAUUUAAAUAUGUUAACACAUUUUAAUCUUUCCUACAACGAUCUCUCUGGUAUCAUUCCUUCUGCUCAAACCAUCCAGUCCUUUGGUGCAUCAGCAUUUUUUAACAACCCUCGGCUCUGUGGUUCCCCUUUGACAUCCUGUUCAGGAAAUGGCACAGCUUCCACACCUGGUAAAACCAAGGUCCUUAGUGUUUCUGCGAUUGUUGCCAUUGUUGCUGCUGCUGUGAUCCUUAUAGGGGUUUGUGUGGUAACCAUCAUGAACAUCAGGGCACGCAAGGGUAAAAAGGAGGAAGCAACAGUUGUUGUUGAGAGCACAUCAUCAGGUUCUUCAGAUUCCAAUGUUAUAAUUGGGAAGUUAGUCCUCUUUAGCAAAAGUUUGCCUUCUAAAUAUGAAGAUUGGGAAGCUGGCACCAAAGCUUUGCUUGACAAGGAGUGUCUAAUAGGUGGUGGGUCUAUCGGAACUGUCUACAGAACUAGCUUCGAAGGUGGGAUCUCAAUUGCAGUAAAGAAGCUUGAGACUCUUGGAAGAAUUAGAAACCAAGAUGAAUUUGAACAAGAAAUUGGACGCCUAGGUAACCUUCAACAUCCCAAUUUAGUUGCUUUUCAAGGUUAUUAUUGGUCCUCAACAAUGCAGUUGAUUCUAUCAGAAUUCAUUCCAAAUGGGAAUCUCUAUGAUAAUCUUCAUGGACUAAAUUACCCGGCUACUAGUACAGGUGUUAGUAAUGCCGAACUAAAUUGGUCUAGAAGGUUUCAUAUUGCCCUUGGAACUGCAAGAGCGCUUUCUUUCCUUCACCAUGAUUGUAGACCUCCAAUUCUUCAUCUCAACAUCAAAUCAACUAACAUACUCUUAGAUGAGAAGUAUGAGGCCAAGUUAUCUGAUUAUGGAUUGGGAAAAUUGCUUCCGAUUUUGGAUAACUACGGAUUAACUAAAUUCCAUAAUGCCGUUGGAUAUGUCGCACCAGAGUUGGCUCAAAGUUUGAGACUUAGUGAGAAAUGUGAUGUUUACAGUUUUGGAGUAAUUCUUUUAGAACUUGUAACUGGGAGGAAACCGGUAGAGAGUCCAACAGUAAAUGAGGUGGUGAUUUUGUGUGAAUAUGUUAGAGGAUUGUUGGAGAGGGGCUCUGCUUCAGAUUGCUUUGAUAGAAGACUGCGUGGUUUCGCAGAGAAUGAAUUAAUACAGGUUAUGAAGUUGGGGUUGAUUUGUACAUCACAUAUUCCUUCAAGAAGACCAAGCAUGGCUGAGGUUAUUCAAGUUCUGGAGUCCAUCAGAUCUGGAAUGGAACCACAGUGAUCAAGUAGCAAUGGGUUUGCUGAC